ACAUUAGCGGCUUCAGACGAAAGGUAUAUGACCCAGGACCCAUCAGAUGUUGGUAAAGUUGGGGAGUCCUCAAAAUUGAUUGGUUCUGAAUUAUCAGAAACUUCAGAUUUGUCUGCUACCGCAAGUGCUUCAGAUUUAUCUGCCACAUUGACUGCUUCCGAUUUAUCUCCUACAGACAUGUCUGUUGCUUUGGCCGCUUCAGAUUUAUCAGGCAAAGUCGAUUCCUUAGAAGUAUUUGAUACUGAAAAAUUUGCAGCACCACAUACAAAUACUUCAUGUUGCACAUCGACUGCUUCAGAUGGAAGGAGUGUGACCCAGACACUCUCAGAUAUUGGUAGAGUAGAGGAAUUCCCAAAACUGAGUGGUUCUGAACUAUCUAAAACUUCAACAGCUUCAGAUCUGUCUGCUACAUUAACUGCUUCAGAUUUGUCUGCUACAAUUACCAAUUCAGAAUCAUCUUGUACAUUGGCAGCUGCAGAUGUAUCAGACACACUGGUUUCCUCAAAACUACUCCAUACUAAAGAAUUCAGAGCAAGAAGGAAAAGAAAAUGUUUUGUUGGUGAUGUAACUGGGGAAGAUUUCAGGUCACCAAAACGAGCAAAAUAUGCCUUCUCUCUUGCUAAACGAAAAAUUGAAGAACAAAAGAGGGCACUGGAAGCAAUGAGGAAGAGAAACAGAAGGCUCCAACAAAAAAUCUCAGAUCUCUCAGGGUUAUUGAACAGUUUGAGAGAAAAGAACUUUACAAAACAAUUUUAUUUUCCAAACGAAUUGAUGUAA